AUGGAAAAGGACAGGAGGAAGUUUAAAGUGAGCCGCUUGCUGACCCUCUACCUCUUCAAGAAGCACCAUAACAAGGCUUUGGGCAGAAUCAGCGCGCCACAGACACAGAUGGGCCAUGGCACCUCCACAGAGAAAGAGACAGGCAAUGAGACCGACACCUCCCAUGCAGACAGUCACAACAGCACCCAGUGGACGGUAAUGUGGUCUUCAUACUGGGGAGAAUGGUCAUGCAAUUAAGUGCAUUUUUUACUUAAGCGGAAGGCUUCGCCCCAUACAGAAUUAGAUCUUCGCUUAUUGUCAUAUGAUUGUGUGUGGACUAUGGAGCAGGAGAUGUGCAAAAGGCGUGUGUUAGUUAGGAAGUGUUGUCCGUGUUUCUCCUAUAUUCAUUUAGCAGCGGCAGGGUGCCGCUUUUUUUAAAUAAAUAAAAUGUGGGAUGGUGAAUGACUAAAACAAUAUAAAGUAUGUAGAAAAGAUAAUGGAGAUAUAUAUUUUUAAAUAAAGAUCACAUUUUCUUUCAGCUCAAUGACUAAAUGUGUAGAAUUGCAGGAAAUUAGCUUUAAAGUAACUGCCCAGUGAAAAUCUCACUUUUAAAAGUUAAUUGCAGGUGUUCAUCAUUAUCACCUUCACAGGUGUUCACCAUUAUCCAGCUCCUGCAAAACGCCUGCUGUUAGUCAUUUGCAACCUAAACAAAGAUAAAUAUUGAUAGUAUGAAAAUGGAACAAUAUGAACAUAUGGUUCUUUGUCUAUGGUUCUUUGUCUUGAUGUGUUACUAAUGUACAUUAUUUUAUAUUUAUUGCUAUAAACUAUGCUAGGGUUAGGAGAUGAUAGAUACAAUGGGUUUGUGAGGGUUUUUACUUUAAAGAGAUUAACUUUACACAAGUUAUGUUCGAUAAGUUAGGUGUUGUUAUUUUAAGUGGUUCAGCAGUGUGGUAGAAGUGUUUGUGGUCAGAAGUGUUAGCAGCGUUGGAAAAAGUACCCAAUUGUCAUAUUUGAGGUAAAGUAAACAGAAAAUGAUUCAAGGAAAAGUGAAAGUCACCCAGUAAAAUACUACUUGAGUAAAAGUCUAAAAGUAUUUGGUUUUAAAUAUACUUAAGUAUCAAAAGUAAAUGUAAUUGCUAAAAUAUACUUAAGUAUCAAAAGUAAGUAAAAGUAUACAUCUUUUCAAAUUCCUUAUAUAAAGCAAACCAGGUGGCACCAUUUUCUUGUUUUUAAAAUUUACGGAUAGCCAGGGGCAUGCUCCAACGCUCAGACAUAAUUUACAAACUAAGCAUGUGUUUAGUGAGUCUGCCAGAUCGGAGGCAGUAGGGAUGACCAGGUAUGUUCUCAUUAUACAUGUGUGAAUUAGACAAUUUUCCUGUCCUGCUAAGCAUUCAAAAUGUAACGAGUACUUUUGGGUGACAGGAAAAAUGUAUGGAGUAAAAUAUAGAUAAUUUUAAUUAGAAAUGUAGUGAAGUAAAAGUAGUCCAACAUAUAAAUAGUAAAGUACAGAGACCCAAAAAAACUACUUAAAUACUUUCAAGUACGUCUCCGCUGUAUCCAAGAUGCUUGAUCUUGACUUCUAGCCACUUAGCUAGCAAGUUAGCAAACCAAAUGCAUAGCUGGAGCCCUGAGCUGGAUCUAAUUUGUUUGACACAUUUUAGAUUUCGUAUAGUUACACUUAACUUAUAAUUAUAAGCAGUGGCGUAGCACAAAGCCCCCGUCGAUAUUUAGAAUACCCCAGUGUACAGUAUAAACGGUAUAUUGCCCAAGCCUAGUGUGUACUGUGUGAAUGUUCUGUUGUAAUUGCAGUAUGAUACAGCUAUUAAAGAUGUUUUGGGCAAGAUAAAGUAGGCCUAGGCUCUAAAGCAGCCUCUUUGCUACAACGCUGGUGUAAAAACAGAAUUAUUUCAAGCUGUGGCUGUGGUUACCAGUCUCAAUAUAAUUGACAGUAAAUGGUGCUAUCAGUCGGUUUCCAGUGAGACUCAUAACACAAACAUACGUCAUGGUUGUGAACUUCCCCUUGUUAAUUUUCACAGGGUUUUCUGACUACUCUUGUUUCCUCCCUCCAUCAGUCUGUGCCAAGAUGUUUUCUUCAGUAGUUGAGAAUGUUGGAACUCUACUUAGGAUAAAACCCUGUGUGUAUCACUGCUCUGUAUACUUCUAAGCUGCACCAGGCCAUUUCCUUUCUCUCAACUCGCUCUCUCGCUUUCUAUACUCUCUUGGCUGCAACUUUUGUUUUCUAUCCUCUUCCUCUUUCCGGUUGGCUUCUCUGCAUCGUUGCUCGGAGGUACACACACUGUGAUCAGGACACACCCUUGUGCAACCUCCCAGCAACUUUUUAGUGGCCUGCUGAAGGCCACUGAGUAUUCGGUAGUGGCGCGUACGCCACAGUAGAAGGACGCUCUGUUCUUUUCCAUUUUUAAAUAUUCUUCAACUUCAUGUGCUAAAACGUCUGUCGGUUUCCAUUUGGAGAGAACUGUGAGAGACCGAUUUGUACUAAAGGACAGUCAGUCGGCUGAAGUUCUAAUCGGUGUAUUCAACCUCAAAAUACACAGUCACUUGAAAACACAUGUAUUGUAUCAUGGUUAGGAUCAGUCUGAUGAGCAGAUGGGUUCAAAUGUUUUCGCAUUGUGUAGAUUAUAAUCAAGCUUGGAAAGCUUUCCUCCGCCUACUAUACUGUGGUAUCAUAGAUACUGUGGUGUCUCCUGGAUAAUGGACCUUCUCCCCCUCUAUCUCUCUCCAGGAGGAUGACAUCAUCAAGGAGAUCAACAUCACCCACGUGGUCAAGGAGGGCUCAGAGAAGGCCGACGCUCGCCAGUUUGAGCUGCUCAAAGUGCUGGGCCAGGGCUCCUUCGGCAAGGUAAGACAUCACCCCUCUAAGGUAGCACAUUUGCCUUUGUUCAAAUAACCCUCAUAACAGAUCUGAGAAGUGGUUCACAUUGCUAUACACAUGUAUACCUCUUGUUUUGAACGCCCAUCUUUUUAGGGGAACAAAUCAUGUUGCUAAUGACAGCACUUGACCGCUGAAAGUUUAUCACUACAGUAAAAAGACUUCACACUUAAUAAUUUGCCUCUAAAUAAGCAUGCAAAAAGAGUUGGCAAAAGGGGUUCUCGUUUUCAUAUCAAACAGUUUCCUAGGAAACAUUUAAACAGUUUCCAAAAUGCAGUGUUCAAUCUCCCCAAAGUAUUGCUUCUUAUUGAGUUUGUGAACAUAUCAAAAAAGCAUAUGCACCAUAAUACAGAGGUAAAAGCCUGUAGAUGGAAGAAUCCAUUUGUAUGGUCAUUGGUAUGGCUUGAGAUUGUUCAGGCGUGCUCUGGUGCCACUAUGUUAAUAAUCCACACCUGGAUUAGCCUGACACACAAACACGCAUGUAACCAAUGUGAAAUGUCUAGCUAGUUAGCGGUGCGUGCUAGUAGCGUUCAAUCGGUGAUGUCACUCACUCUGAGACCUUGAAGUAGUUGUUUCCCUUGCUCUGCAAGGACCGCAGUUUUUGUGGAGCGACGGGUAACUAUGCUUCUUGUGUGACAGUAGACGAUGUGUUCAGAGGGUCUUUGGUUGGAGCCCAGGUUGGGGCAAGAAGAGGGACGGAAGCAACACUGUUAGACACACAGACACACACACACACCUGUCAUUCAGCUCACUGCUUCACCCACUCCAGGCUGUAUCACAACCGGCCGUGAUUGGGAGUCCCAUAGGCACAAUUGGCCUAGCGUCAUCCGGGUUUGGCUGGUGUAGGCAGUCAUUGUAAAUAAGAAUUUGUUCUUAACUGACUUGCCUAGUUAAAUAAAGGUAAAAUACAUUUUUUUAAAAACUCCUCUAGCAUUGUGGCACAGGAGGUAGCCUAGAUUCACUUUAUUUAGAGCACUUUAAACACAUUAUUGACAAACCAACUCAAUGUUCCCUCAUAUUCGUUCCAUUUAAUCUCCUACUUAUCAGACUGCAAGAUCAGAAAUAGCAAAAAACAUUAUAAUUUCUGGUUGAGCUCAUUGCUCUUGAUGUCUGGUCAUUUCAAAAUGGAUUGUGAAUGUAAUGAAUGCAUAGAUAGCGAAAAAUAUGGACGUUAAAGCUAUCUAGGUCAAUAUAAUGGACGUUUACCUAGCAGUUUAUGGGACAUUGUCUGGCAUUUUAUAGUAUUUGCAUAUCAUUUGCAGUUCAAGAAAAUCCCCAUAGAAAAUCAAAGACCAAAGUAUUUUGUUUAUUGAAAAGUAGUUCUACCAACGAACAUUCCCCUUGUCAGUCCCAUAGGUUUGUAGCCUACUGCACUGGAUUGAACAUAGAAAUAUAAAUACCUAUGUGUACAUUCAAUAUGGCCGCCGGUCCCUCCAUCACAGAGCAUAGACUUGAAUAGGAAUGUCCAUUCUAGUUCUUCCUUUUCUAUGGGAUUAAGAGUUGGAUGUUGUCUUGUGUUGCCUGCAGGUGUUUUUGGUGCGGAAGGUGACGCCUCCCGACAACAACGAGCUGUACGCCAUGAAGGUCCUGAGAAAAGCCACCCUCAAAGGUACACAUAUACGUUUGUUUUACUAUACUUGUUGGGACUAAACAAUUGAUUCCCAUUCAAAAUUCUGUUUUCCCUAACCCCUAAAGCUAACCCUAAAAUAGCAGUUUUCCUUGUGGGGACCGGUAAAAUGUCCCCACUUGUCUGAAUUUUCUUUGUUUUACUAUCAUUUGUACAUUUUUCUUUACAUUUUUAGUCAUUUAGCAGACACUCUUAUCCAGAGCGACUUACAGUUAGUGAGCUACAGGGGACUUCUGGUCCCCACAAGGAUAGUAAAGCCAAAAACAAACACACAGAGUAACGGAGGAAAGCGGAAAAGAGACAUAUACUAUCAUGGGAAACGAUACUGUAGCUACACAUUCAUGGGAUUGAAAACAUGUUGUGAACUCACUGAGGCAUCCCACAUCAAAAACACCCCACUUUACAGCAAACACGAGUGGUUAUGUUCUUAGCGAGGGCUCGGUCUCACCUCUUUCAUUUGCAGACAUGUAGUUUUGCACUUGCUACUCCACGUGUCCUUUUGCUUUACACUUUGCCCCCCCCUGUUUUUGUUUUGAUCUUGUUUCUGUGUUGAUCUUGAUUCAAGGCUUUGAUAGUGAGAAGAAAUCAACCGUUUUACAGUUAGUGGGUACCUGUUUUUGUGUGCUGUGGUCUGCUGCUGUGGGAUCUAGUCUACACUAGAUGUCAACACCCUGACAGUUUCAUAGAUUAGCGCUUCAAUGUAAUUGUGUGGUGAAAAUUAAUCUAAUCGUCCAAUAUUGGUUUCACAUGGACCUCGACAAGGAUAUUUUCAUUAUUUUUCGGUUGUUAGAUGAAUUGAUUUAGCAGUUUUAUGGCCUUCAGACAAGCAUUGGUUAUUUGGUGUUUUGUAUUGAAUAUUGAAUAUAUCCCAUUUAAAAUACCAAUGGUGGCAUUUUGGCGUUCAUUCAGGUCGUGUCUCAGCAUUAGGCAGCCUUAGGCACCCAGUUCCAAACCCAUCUUUGUUACCGAGCCACGGCUAUAGUAAGGUUUUGAGCUAACCUUAUGACAGCGCUGACACGGUGUGGCCCUCACCUCCCACAGUGAGAGACCGGGUGAGGACCAAGAUGGAGAGAGACAUCCUGGCAGACGUCAACCACCCCUUUGUGGUCAAACUCCACUAUGGUGAGUAACAACCAGAUCUAGGUUCAUAAAGUACAGUAUAUUAGAAAAACCAAGGUCUGGUGACAACGCUAUGACAGCCAAAAGCUAUUAACUUCCCUCUGGUCAUCAAGGGCAGUCAUUGUUUAAAUGAACAGCAACAACUUUGGGUGUUCUAGGUUUACCAGACAAAUGGACUUUUAGCACUACUCCUAACCACAUGUUUGUUUGUAUGUGCCUCCAGCAUUUCAGACAGAGGGAAAGCUCUAUCUGAUCCUGGACUUUCUGAGAGGAGGUGAUCUCUUCACCAGGCUGUCGAAAGAGGUGUGUUCUUAGUCUUAUUUUAUGUCUCAUUCUCCUCUCUAAUCAUGAUCCUGUCUGGACUCAUGUACGUUUUUUUCCUCUUUGUGUGUGUGUGUGUGUGUAUAUGUUUGUUUGGGUAUCGUAUCCAGGUGAUGUUCACAGAGGAGGACGUGAAGUUCUACCUAGCAGAGUUGGCCCUGGGCCUGGACCACCUGCAUGGCCUGGGCAUCAUCUACAGAGACCUCAAACCUGAGAAGUAGGUGGAGCCUCAGUGAAGGGCAGCUAGUCCUAGCAAAUGGAACGAAAGUGAGAGGGACCUACCUGAAUUUGUCCAAUAGAAACUCUCGUUUUCAUAGCAAAACACAACUGUUUGCAACUGUUUGGACUAAAGAUUACACCCCUUAAGUGCUAUGCUAUUGUAGCCCCGACCACAAAUGUCUGGGUUUUGGUGUUCUUUUCUAUAAUGAGAGGGACAUUGAGAUGCAGAGUGCUUCUCUGUUAUCUCUUACAGACUUUGCUAUAACCAUUAUUCAAAGCCCCUAAUUCUAAUUUUAGCCCCAUGGUGAUAACAUUAAUGAACCCCAUCAGAACUGAGAGGACUGAAUGCACAACCAGAGCUAUUAUCACGUCUGGUCUUGAGCAAUGGGAUCUUAACAUGAUAUAUGGAUACUAGAGAAUGAGAAAGCUAGUCUGCACAGACAGAUUAGACACGUUUUAUUCCUUCCCGUACGUAUGUGGCAGAUACAAUUCUGAUACACUGUGAAUUCACUGAGAGGGGACAUCUUGAUUUGGCCAGCCCUUUUGCCAUUACAAUUGUGAAGGUGUGCUACUAAAUGUUUUAGGUUUUUUUAGUCUACAGAGUGUUUUUUGAACUCACAGAAAGUAUUCUAGACUCAGUGUCAGGUUAUUUGUACCAGUCUGUGGUUGUGACAACAUUUUUUUUCUACCUUUUUAUCACAAUAUGAUAGUACUACGCACCUCACACUAACACCUCUUCUCAUUUUAUUUUCUAGCAUUCUACUGGAUGAAGAAGGCCAUAUCAAACUCACAGGUACCCUCCCCCACACACUUCCCUCCCCCCACACACUUUCCAUCCUCCUGUUGACCUUCCCCAUUAGUCAGUGAAUCACCAAAGCCUAAUCUGUCCCUGUGUAGAUAACUUCUCUAUAUAUCAUUACCUAGAAGUUAAUUAUGUUUCUCCUGCAUCUUAUCAACCCUAUAAUCACUCUCUCUAUUGGCUGUUUACCUUUUGGGCGUACACGCACGCACAAACACAAGCAUCAAAGGUGACCUUGAAUAUAUGUCACGGUGUGAUGUAUUAACUUCACAUGGGGAAUAUGAAUUAUGAGGCUUUUGAAUACCUGCAUGAGUCAUGAAGGCAUCAGGAAGUGUUACAGAAAGUUUUCCCUGAUAAUGGCCCUAUAUAAUUCCCCACUAUAUAUGGAAUAGGGGGCCAUUGCGAACGCACCCUGGGCCCUAGUUGUAGGCUAUGGAAUAGUUGUAGGGCAGGUCAGGUCAUAUGAUCAGGAAAAACUCCUGGCCAUAUCCAUAAAGCAUAGUGCAAAUAAUGUACUCUAUUCCUGUACAGGUGUAGGAUCCUAAUUUGGUCAUCCUGCACAGCAGGAAAUGCAUACUUGUAGUGAAUUCAAGGUUUAAAAAGGUUUCUAAUGUUUGUAAUUUCCACUUUAAAAUUUCACUUGAUUUGCUCUGACUAAAAAUCUAUUAUCCCAUACAAAAAUGUCCACUAAUUAUAAUUCACACAAUAAUGCACAUUUCCUGUUGCUGUAGGAUUAUUUUCCUGCUGUGAAAAACAGGUCAAAUUAAGAUCCUAUACCUGUAUGCCUGCCUGUCCACUGUGUGUAUUCAUGAUGUGUGUUUAUAAUAGUACCGGUAGUUGAAUGGUAACUGACUUGUGGCGUUUUAACCCCAGAUUUUGGCCUGUGUAAAGAGGCCGUUGACCAUGAGAAGAAGGCCUACUCCUUCUGUGGUACGGUGGAGUACAUGGCACCAGAGGUGGUGAACAGGCAGGGCCACAUCCACAGUGCGGACUGGUGGUCGUUUGGGGUACUGAUGGUGAGUCAUCAUAUCUCAUUUGGGUCAUGUUCAUUAGUGCACAAUGUAGUAAAACGCUUUGCAAAUGAAAAUGAUCGUUAGUUUAUGUAGUUCCUCCCUGUUUGUCUGUUUUCUUCAAUUUGAACACAACCCUUAUAAUACAGACAAUCAAACAAACAUAAAUAUGAUGUGUGUGUUUGCGUCAGAGCCCUAGAAUAGAAUUGAAUGUCAAAGUGUCAUAUGUCAAAUAUGGUGAUUGUAUUUGUUUCACAGUUUGAGAUGCUGACCGGAUCGCUACCGUUCCAUGGAAAGGACCGCAAAGAGACCAUGAACCUGAUCCUCAAGUAGGUAGACACAAUCACAGGCUAGUGUCUGUAAGCAGUUAACCCAGUUCCCCGGGUGCCGAUUACGUGGAUGUCGAUUAAGGCAGCCAUCCGCACCUCUCGGAUUCAGUCUUUGAAAUUGUUGCAUGCUGCAUUUAUAUUUUUGUUCAGUAUAUUUAUUUAGCCUGGUUGAACCAGACUGAAUGCUGUGUUCAGGAAAACAAUGGUGAACGUUCUGCAGCAUUCAAUCUGGAUUAACCAGGCUACUAUUUAUUAGCCUGUUGGAUUUAACAAUGUCACCCCCUGCAGGGCAAGAUUGGGAAUGCCCCAGUUCCUGAGUUCAGAGGCCCAAAGUCUCCUCCGAGCUCUGUUCAAGAGGAACCCUACCAACAGACUGGGUGAGUAUUCCGUAACUAUAUGUACUUACCCACUAGCUAAUGACAAGCUAAUUACAGUGGUUGUUCCACUAGUAGAGUAAUUACUUUGGUAUAAUACUACCUAUUUUAUGUUAAGCAUAGAGCUUUUGCAUAGGUUGUAUGCAGUAAUCCAUACUAACAGUGUGAUUGUGUGGACAGGGUCGGGGGCAGACGGUGCAGAGGAGAUCAAACGCCACGCUUUCUUCUCCACCAUAGACUGGAAUGUGAGUGGCACGUCUUCUGACACCUCAUACUACCAGUUCUAUCAGGGAAUCAGAUUAUCAUUAUUCAAUUAUCAUUUUAAAAGGAGCCAUAUUCUUCAGUAAUUACCAAGUUGCCAUUGCUUUAGCCAGGGGUGAAAGUAAGCCGGUUCGCUACAGAGUACCGGCAAAAUAAAUAGUGGGGGUACACUGUACCGAUAAAACAUGAGUCAUAACAAUAAUUUAAACAAAAAUAGAAAGAAAACGGUAGGCUAUUACACCAUUUAUUAUUACCGCCUGUCAGUCACAUGAGAAAUUAGCAAAUGGAGUUGAAAACGGGUGGUAUACGCUCCAAAAUGCGGUGUGGUUCGACGUGAACACUGAAUGAAUUUUGCAAAGGCAAAGAUGACUGACCAAGACGUGUGUGGGCAGCAAGACUCAUCAAUCAAUUUAGGCUACAAGAAUAGGCCUAUUAUGACAAUCGCUGAAUGUCAUUACACUUUUUGGUGUUUUGUAACCGAUGUCUCUUUCCAUUCUGUAAAUGGCGGAUGCACAGUGCACUGUUUGAUUGCUGGGAUUAUUUUAGAGUGGAGGAACAUAAUAAUAAUAUACCAUUUAGCAGACACUUUUAUCUAAAGCGACUUACAGUCAUGCGUGCAUACAUUUUUGUGUAUGGGUGGUCCCGGGGAUCGAACCCACUACCUUGGCAUUACAAGCGCUGUGCUCUACCAGCUGAGCUACAGAGGACCAAAAUGCAGAGGUAGCCUACUUCUUAAAUGAUUUGUUUGACAAUCAGAUUAAAAGCAUCAUGACUGGUUGUGUUCAUGCCACAUUAUAAGGUAAUACUGAAUAUUUUUACAGUUAAAAAGGAUAUGUAUCCUAUUAGGCCCAUAAAAUAGCUUGUGCACACACAGGUCCCGUACCAGAUAGAAAUAAUAACCCUUUCAGAAACUAUUUUAACCCUUUCAGAAACUGUUCCGGCGGGAAAUCCAGCCCCCAUUCAAGCCGGCUGUGGCCCGACCGGACGACACUUUCUACUUUGACUCAGAGUUCACCUCCCGCACACCCAAAGGUAAGAGGUCAAAGUUGACAAGAGUAACUUGUCCUAGCAUGUUUGCCAACUGACAAAGAAAUUAUCAGUCUAAUUUUAAUGGUAGGUUUAUUUGAACAGUGAGAGACAGAAUAACAACAACAAAAAUCCAGAAAAACGCAUGUCAAAAAUGUUAGAAAUUGAUUUGCAUUUUAAUGAGGGAAAUAAGUAUUUGACCCCCUCUCAAUCAGAAAGAUUUCUGGCUCCCAGGUGUCUUUUAUACAGGUAACGAGCUGAGAUUAGGAGCACACUCUUAAAUGGAGUGCUCCUAAUCUCAGCUUGUUACCUGAAUAAAAGACACCUGUCCACAGAAGCAAUCAAUCAAUCAGAUUCCAAACUCUCCACCAUGGCCAAGACCAAAGAGCUCUCCAAGGAUGUCAGGGACAAGAUUGUAGACCUACACAAGGCUGGAAUGGGCUACAAGACCAUCGCCAAGCAGCUUGGUGAGAAAGUGACAACAGUUGGUGCGAUUAUUCGCAAAUGGAAGAAACACAAAAUAACUGUCAAUCUCCCUCGGCCUGGGGCUCCAUGCAAGAUCUCACCUCGUGGAGUUGCAAUGAUCAUGAAAACGGUGAGGAAUCAGCCCAGAACUCCACGGGAGGAUCUUGUCAAUGAUCUCAAGGCAGCUGGGACCAUAGUCACCAAGAAAACAAUUAGUAACACACUACGCCGUGAAGGACUGAAAUCCUGCAGUGCCCGCAAGGUCCCCCUGCUCAAGAAAGCACAUAUACAUGCCCGUCUGAAGUUUGCCAAUGAACAUCUGAAUGAUUCAUUACAUUACAUCUUAGUCAUUUAGCAGACGCUCUUAUCCAGAGCGACUUACAGUUAGUGAAUACAUAUGGAAUUAUUAUUAUUAUUAUUUUUUUUCAUACUGUUCCCCCGUGGAAAUCGAACCCACAACCCUGGCGUUGCAAACGCCAUGCUCUAUCAACUGAGCUACAUCCCUGCCGGCCAUUCCCUCCCCUACCCUGGACGACGCUGGGCCAAUUGUGCGCCGCCCAUGAGUCUCCCGGUCGCGGCCGGCUGCGACAGAGCCUGGAUUCGAACCAGGAUCUCUAGUGGCACAGCUAGCACUGUGAUGCAGUGCCUUAGACCACUGCGCCACUCAGGAGACAAUUCAGAGGAGAACUGGGUGAAAGUGUUGUGGUCAGAUGAGACCAAAAUUGAGCUAUUUGGCAUCAACUCAGCUUGUUGGGCGGCAGGUAGCUUAGUGGUUAAAAGCGUUGUGCCGGUAACCGAAAGGUCGCUGGUUCUAAUCCCCGAGCCGAUUCGGAAAAAAAUCUGUCUGUGCCCUUGAGCAAGGCACUUAACCCUAAUUGCUCCUGUAAGUUGCUCUGGAUAAGAGCGUCUGCUAAAUUACUAAAAAAUAAUAAUAACUCGCCGUGUUUGGAGGAGGAGGAAUGCUGCCUAUGACCCCAAGAACACCAUCCCCACCGUCAAACAUGGAGGUGGAAACAUUAUGCUUUGGGGGUGUUUUUCUGCUAAGGGGACAGAACAACUUCACCGCAUCAAAGGGACUAUGGACGGGGCCAUGUACCGUCAAAUCUUGCCAGGGCAUUAAAAAUGGGUCGUGGGUGGGUAUUCCAGCAUGACAAUGACCCAAAACACACGGCCAAGGCAACUCAAAUAGUCAAAUACUUAUUUCCCUCAUUAAAAUGCAAAUCAAUUUAUAACAUUUUUGACAUGCGUUUUUCUGGAUUUUUUUGUUGUUAUUCUGUCUCUCACUGUUCAAAUAAACCUACCAUUAAAAUUAUAGACUGAUCAUUUCUUUGUCAGUGGGCAAAUGUACAAAAUCAGCAGGGGAUCAAAUACUUUUUUCCCUCACUGUAUGUGUGCGCCUGUGUUAAUGACCUUGUGUUCUCUCUGACCUCUCCCCAGACUCCCCAGGCAUUCCACCCAGUGCAGGAGCCCACCAGCUCUUCCGGGGCUUCAGCUUCGUCGCCCCGGCCAUGCUGGAUGAGGAGGGAGCAUUGGAGCCUGCCAAGCCUGCACCACACCCAGUGGUUCAGGUCAGCUGUCCAUCACAGAUGGGACAAAGCCACUCAGUCCCUCCAAUAUCUCCUAUAAGAAUAAUAGAACGUUACAUAUAGUCUCACAAGGGACCAAUUCGUUUCUAACCAAAUACAAGAAAGAAUCCAGAGAGCUCUCCCACACACAGCCAGUUUCCCAGUUCAGAUUAAGCCUUAAACUAGACUAAAAAGCUAUGUCAACAGAGUUUCUUCAUUGGGCAAGCUUUUUAUUCCAAGACUAGGCUUAAUCAGAGUCCGGGAAACCGCCGCUCAUUGUCCUACCCAAAGAUUUGUCUUUCAUUGCUGUUUGAGGGAGAACAUUGCUCAUUCACUCUCCGAACACUAGAUAGACAUAUUUAACCAGUCUACAGCACUCAUCAAUGUAAUGACAGUGUAAGCCAGUCUUACUUAGGGUAGAUAAGGCUGUGGUUUAGUGCUUGGUGGUUUCACACUGCACAUGAUGAGGAGUAAGCCUCUAAUCCAGUUCCAUGGCUGGGUCUAAUACCAUCAGUAGGGAUGCUCCAGUAGAUGUGCUUUAACACAACUGUAAUAGAGAGUGUGGUUGUGUCUGUGAUUGUGCUGGAUGAGUAAUCGUGCACAUCAAAUCGAAGUUUAUUGGUCACAUACACAGUUUAACAGAUGUUAUAGUGGGUGCAACAAAAUGCUUCUAACAAUGCAGUAAAAUGUUAAACAAGUACACAAAUAUAUAUAUAUUGGAACACAGGACUGAUGGUUGCUGAUAAUGGGCCUCUGUACGCCUAUGUAGAUAUUCCAUUAAAAAUCAGCCGUUUCCAGUUACAAUAGCCAUUUACAACAUUAACAAUGUCAACACUGUAUUUCUGAUCAAUUUGAUGUUAUUUUAAUGGACAAUUUUUUUUUUUUUUUUUUUUUCGAAAACAAGGUCAUUUCUAAGUGACCCCAAACUUUUGAACGUUAGUGUAUAUAUAUAUUUUUUUAAAGCACAAUUUUUGUUUAAUCAAUCAUGAACGUCAGGAUGAAUCCAAUUAACAACCUAAAUAGCACUGUAACAGUAAUCAAAAUGCAAUCUAUACGCAUGUACACUGGAAGAAUUUAGACAAGAUAUACUAAGAAUGAUAUGUACAGCAGUAGAUAUAUUACAGUGAGCUAUGUCAGGAAUCCAGUAUAUAAAUAAAUAUGCGGUGUGUGUGUGUGUAUAAACAGUACAGUAGUGGUGCGUGGGUAAACUCACUGGGGAAGCCAAGCCAGGAAAAAAUGGCCAUAUUACAACCUGUUUGCGCUACAACCUGUUCAUUCUUAUGCCUUGCCACCGUGAUAUAUAUAGGCCUUAAGGCCGAGACAAGAGGACAGUGGCAAUAAUAAAUUCAGCCACACCUUCGUUUCAUCACAAAACCAGAGAGCAACCUCUGUCCAGUGAACCACAAAGCAUGUAACAAACAGUUUACAUGACCUACAGCAUGGUCAAGCAAGUUAAUGUUUCCGACAUUUUCAGACUGCUAAAGCUAUUGAUUUAGAACCACGGAGAGUUACCGCAAGUCACAAAGAAAACAGGAGCUGCCUCUGCUAUUUAGCCAACACCAUUUCAACUUUAACAUUUCAUCAUCAUCUAUGCUUAGUCUAAUAUAGUUACAACUAAAAGACACCAAAAACGAUUUAGUCCAAUCAACAUAAGUUAAAUAGAGUUCGCUCCAAAGGAUUGGGACAGUGACACAUUUUUUGUUGUUUUGGCUCUGUACUCCAGCAGUCUGGAUUUGAAAUGAUACAAUGACAAUGGAGUUAAAGUUACAGACUGUCAGCUUUAAUUUGAGGGUAUUUUCAUCCAUAUCGUGUGAACCGUUUAGAAAUUAGAGUACUUUUUGUACGUAGUCCCGCCCCAUUUUAGGGGACCAAAAGUAUUGGGACAAAUUCACUUGUGUGUAUUAAAGUAGCAAAAAGUUUAGUAUUUGGUCCCAUAGUCCUAGCACGCAAUGAUUACAUCAAGCUUGUGACUGUACAAACUUGUUUGAUGUAUUUGCUGUUUGUUUUGGUUGUUUCAGAUUAUUUUGUGCCCAAUAGAAAUGAAUGGUGCAUAAUGUAUUGUCAUUUUGGAGUCACUUUUAUUGUAAAUAAGAAUAGAAUAUGUUUCCAAACACUUCUACAUUAAUGUGGAUGCUAUGAUUACAGAUAGUCCUGACUUAAUCAUGAAUAAUGAUUAGUGACAAAAUUACAGAUGCACAAAUGUCAUACCCCCCAAGACAUGCUAACCUCUCACCAUUGCAAUAACAGGGGAGGUUAGCAUUUUUGGGGGGGGGGGGGGGUAUGAUAUUUGUGAAUCUGUCAUUUUCUCACUCAUCAUUAUUCACGAUUCAUUCAGGAUUAUCCGUAAUUCAAGUUUUUGCUGUCAAUGACGUUUGGCUUUUGAUGUGAUUGGUGUGAAGCCAAAUCCAAACUGUCUUCCCUUUACACUUUUCUUUUUGUGUGUGCCAGAACCAUUCACAGUUGCGCUCACUCAGUUUAGCUCAACGCCGAUUGGCUACUAUUUAUAAUUUUUUUAUCAAGGGAGUGUGGCUUCCCUUGCAUUUAAUGCUACGGGCGGCAACAAUGUCAUACUCUUUCUGACCAGACAGCAUCAGAUAAAUGGGCUACACAUAUAGAAACAGAGGGGUGCUGUUUCGCUCGCUCUGAUGCUUUCUCCGGUGAGGUACAUUCAGCCUCCUGCGAACUGAAGGAAAGUUAUGAAACACAUAUAGACGAAAGAUACAUUAUUUUGUUUUUCUUUUUUUAUUGGUUCAUUUUUGGGGGAAGCCUGGCUUCCCUUGGCAUCCAUGAAUACACGCCACUGAAACAGUAUAACUAAAUACUAAGUACAGUAGUAGAAAUAUUAGAAUGAGUUAUGUCGGGAAUGCAGUAUUUAAAUACUCAGUGUGAAACAGGAAGUGUCCAGUGGUUCAAUGUCUCUGUGACAUGGGGCAGCGGUCUUGCACCUGUACUGUCUCUGUCUGCCAGACAGUAGCUGAGUGAACAGUCUGUGGCUCAGUUGACUGAGUUCCUUAAUGGAAUGGGGUGUGGGUGUGUGGACGAAUAGUCUAAAAAGAAUAAACACAUUGAUUGUUGUUUGUGAAGCAGUUGUAGCCUGCAGUAAAGUACUGCACCACUGUGUGUGUGAUGCUGUAACCCUAACCGCAGCACUCACUUCCCCUUGUUUUCGGUUUGAUGUAGCAACUCCAUGGGAAGAACCUGUUGUUCAGCGAUGGCUACGUGCUGAAGGAAGACAUCGGCAUGGGCUCCUUCUCUGUCUGCAAGCGCUGCAUCCACAAAGCAACCAACACAGAGUACGCUGCCAAGGUCAGAACACCCACACACACACAGAUACACACACUUCUCUGCCUGCAAGAGCUUCGUCCACAAAGCCAACAACACCGAGUACGCCGCCAAGGUACCAAAACAUACACUGUAGCCUCCCUCUCACUGAGUGUAUAUCCUGACAUAUUGAGCAAACACUCUCCCCAGUCCCCCAAGUUCUUAUUUGUCCAUCUUGUGGGGUGCUUAAUCAUUGCUAAUACAGUAGUUGGACUUGACUCUCUAAAAACAAUUUCUGUUGAUUUAAGUCAUUCAGAUCUGUCUUUUGGAGCAUGCUGUUCUAGUUUCACAUCUCUUGUCUCACACCGUCUCCCCACGGUUUCAUAAUGGAGUAUUUAUAAUGGCGUUUGUUGUAUUAUUGUGUACUACCAGGUGAUUGACAAGACCAUGACAGACCCCUCAGAGGAGAUCGAGAUCCUGCUGAGAUACGGCCAGCACCCCAACAUCAUCACCCUGAAGGAUGUGAGCACACACACACACACACACACACACACACACACACACACACACACACACACACACACACACACACACACACACACACACACACACACACAAUCAUCACCCAGAAGGAUGUGAGUACACGCACACACACCCACACAGACUGAAUCAUCCUCCAUGUGUUCUUUCCAUCCGUCAGGUGUAUGAUAAUGGGAAGCAGGUGUAUCUGGUGACAGAGCUGAUGCGAGGCGGGGAGCUGCUAGACCGGAUCCUCAAACAGAAGUUCUUCUCAGAGCGCGAGGCCAGCGCCGUGCUCCACACCAUCACCAAGACUGUAGAAUACCUCCACGCACAGGGGGUGAGACAACUCUCUACACAACUCUCUACACACACACUGUAACAGACUGGUGAAUAUGGACUUGAAUAAACUUUGUCUUACAAGAGUUUGUUGAUAUUCCUUGAUAUCCUUUUUCCUAUGUUCUAAUAUUCUUAUAUUAAAAAAUAUAUAAUUAUGUCACAGUAUUAACACUACUAGACAAAUAAUAUACAACCAACAUCUUAUCUCCAAAAAGUCCAUUGGAAGUCAAGUGUUGAAGUAACAGUUGAAGGAGAUUAAGUUACUUAGUUGUCUUUCAAUCACCUCUCUCCUCCCCCUCUCCUCCUCAUCUCUCCAUCUCCCCUCUCUCCAGGUGGUCCACAGGGACCUGAAGCCUAGUAACAUCCUGUAUGUAGAUGAGUCGGGGAACCCUGAGUCCAUCAGGAUCUGUGACUUUGGUUUCGCCAAGCAGCUGAGAGCUGACAAUGGCCUGCUCAUGACCCCCUGCUACACCGCUAACUUUGUAGCUCCGGAGGUAAGCCCGGGACGGUGUAUCUGUGUGUGUGUGUGUGUGUGUGUGUGUGUGUGUGAGAUGACGAUUAUGAUUAAUACCCGUAUAUACACUGAGUAUACCACACAUUAGGAACACCUACCUAAUAUUGAGUUGCAGCCCCCCCUUUGCCCUCAGAACGGCCUCAAUUCGUCAGGGCAUGGACUCUACAAGGUGUUCGAAAGCGUUCCACAGGGAUGCUGGUCUUGUUAACUCCAAUGCUUCCCACAGUUGUCAAGUUGGCUAGAUGUCCUUUGGGUGGUAGACCAUUCUUGAUACACACAGGAAACUGUUGAGUGUGAAAAACCCAGCAGUGUUGCAGUUCUUGAUACAAACCAGUGCGCCUGGCUAGGGCUGUGGCGGUCAUGACAUUUUGUCAGCCGGUUAUUGUCAUGCAAAAGUCUACCGGUCUCACGGUAAUUGAUCAUUAACAUAAACAACUUUAGCGUCUCCAGGCCUCCACGCAUACAAGCCACAUACAAGUUGCUGAUGCACACCUUUGGAACAUCUACAUUUAAAAAAGUAUAAUAAAUCAAUUGAACAUACUCCAUCACCAUCACAAUAAAUCCAUUAUUUAUUUUAGGCAGGUCUAAAGAAACAUUAUGAUAUGAAGAAAAUGUAUUUUAGAAGAACAGCAUAGGAGUUGGCCUACUGUAUGUUAUCUGGCUAUGCUCCAUGUCAUAGGCUGUAGGCUUGUUCAUUUAGCAGACAAGAUAUGCCAUUAUUUUAUAUUAUAUGAUUUUAUAGUAAGAAGAAUAUAAUUGAAUUUAGCUAAUAAAAUAGAAAGGAUUUUUUUUCCGUUCCGGAGCGAGAAUGCGCAUAUGAAGUCGCUAUGUUGAGCGUAAAAGUAAUAAUUUGAAACAGGUCCUAUAGCCUACGCUAGAUUUAGAGUUACUUGGCAACUUUAGUUGUGAAUGAUACAAACCAUAGAAUUCCUUAGAAAUCAAAAGAUACACUAUAUAGACAAAAGCAUGCGGACAAUUAGUGGAUUCGGCUAUUUCAGCCACACCUGUUGCUGACAGGUGUAUAAAAAUCGAGCACACAGCCAUGCAAUUUCCAUAGACAAACAUUGGCAGUAGAAUGGCCUUACUGAUGAGCUCAGUGAAAAAUCGUCUGUCCUCGGUUGCAACACUCACUACAGAGUUCCAAACUGCCUCUGGAAGCAACAUCACAAGAACUGUUCGUCGGGAGCUUCAUGAAAUGGGUUUCCAUGGCCAAGAAGCCAAACACAAGCCUAAGAUCACCAUGCGCAAUGCCAAGCGUCGCCUGGAGUGGUGUAAAGCUUGCCGCCAUUGGACUCUGGAGCAGUUGAAAUGCGUUCUCUGGAGUGAUAAAUCACGCUUCACCAUCUGGCAGUCCGACGGACAAAUCUGGAUUUGGCGGAUGCCAGGAGAACGCUACCUGCCCCAAUGCAUAGUGCCAACUGUAAAGAUGAAAUGGUUUGUCGAGAUCGGUGUGGAAGAACAAAAGCAUUAAGAAGGAAAGAAAUUCCACAAAUUAACUUUUAAGAAAGCACACCUGUUAAUUGAAAUUAGUUCUAGGUGACUACCUCAUGAAGCUGGUUGAGAGAAUGCCAACAGUGUGCAAAGCUGUCAUCAAGGCAAAGGGUGGCUAUUUGAAGAAUCUCAAAUAUAAAAUAUAUUUUGAUUUGUUUAACAUUUUAUUGGUUACUACAUGAUUCCAUAUGUGUUAUUUCAUAGUUUUGAUGUCUUCACUAUUAUUCUACAAUGUAGAAAAUAGUAAAAAUAAAGAACAACCCUUUAAUGAGUAGGUGUGUCCAAACUUUUGACUGGUACUGUAUAGGCCUAUGCAGUGCUUGACUUGGGCAGGCGCUCACCGGAGAUGAGUACCAGCACCUCAAGUUUUCUACUGCUUAUAGAAUAUUAGCUCAAAAGUAUUGUGGAGCUCCUCCACCUAAAUAUAAACAGUACCAGCACCCAAAAUGAGUACCGGCACCUAUUUCAGUCCAAGUCAAGCACUGGGCCUGUGCAUAAUCUCUAAUAUGCAUAUGGGUGUUUUGAAUUAAUCAUCACCUUAGAAAGCGCUGUGUUAGGCUUUGAAACAACAUCCACAAUGACCAUGUUUUCCACUCUGUUUCAACCUGUUGUUGAACUUCUUUCUUCAAAUUGAUCAAUCACAGUGAGGUGCGUUUUAAAAGCACAUACUGUUUUUAUGAUGCGUUUGUGAUGUUCGAUUGCAUUUGCAUUGAUGCCAGAGUGGUUAGAGGGACAAUGGAGCCCUGAGUACCAGGACAUUAGGGACCUGAUGGCCAUUAGUGAGUUGGGUACUACCAACAUGCCUAGAGUGCAUAAGUGGAGAUUACCAUGACUCAACGGUCACAUAGAAUUUGCUGCUGCCAUGACUCAUGACUACCGGUGUGGCGGUAAUACGGUCUACCAUACCCCGUUCAAAGGCACUUCAAUCUUUUGUCUUGCCCGUUCACCCUCUGAAUGGCACACAUACACAAUCAAUGCCUCAAUUGUCUCCAGGCUUAAAACUUAUUUAACCUGUAUCCUCCCCUUCAUCUACACUGAUUGAAGUGGAUUUAACAAGUGACAUCAAUAAGGGAUCAUAGCUUUCACCUGGAUUCACCUGGUCAGUCUAUGUCAUGGAAAGAGCAGGUGUUCAUAAUGUUUUGUAUGCUCAGUGUAGCGUCCUUGUCAAAGUCUAGGGUGCAUAGCCUUUGGGCGUAUAGCUUUACCCCGGUGAUGCACGAUAGCCAAUAUUGGGACGUAUUGCUCUGUCUGUGUGUUCCAGGUGUUGAAGCGUCAGGGCUAUGACGAAGGCUGUGAUAUUUGGAGUCUGGGUGUCUUGCUGUACACCAUGCUGGCUGGGUGAGGAACACACACACACACACACACACCAUACCACUCAUACAUCUGUGCACAAUAUUCCACUCCAUAUGACAUUUACAUCCAACAAAAUGUAAUGUUGUCACUCACGUGCAUACACACUCACUCUCAUUUGACUUGUCCCCUGUGCUCCCUCCCUCCCCUCCCCCUCAGCUUCACGCCGUUUGCCAACGGACCCGAGGACACUCCAGAUGAGAUCCUGAGCAGGAUAGGCAGCGGUCACUUCACUCUGACAGGAGGCAACUGGGACGCCGUGUCGGACGCAGCCAAGGUACAGUAGGACUGACUAGGACUUGCUGAGUGACUUUUUGACCUUUUCACAUGAUCGUGCCGUGAAGUAGAACAAUAGUGGUUUAGUUUGGAUUUCAAGGAUAGAGGUGUACAGUAUAUAAUAUGAUAAAAUCCCAACAAACCGGCAUCCCGAGUUGCGCAGCGGUCUAAGGCACUGCACUGCAGUGCUUGAGGAGUCACUACAGACCCUGGUUCGAUCCCAGGCUGUGUCGCAGCCGGCCGUGACCAGGAGACCCAUGAGGCGGCGCACAAUUGGCCCAUUGUCGUCCGUGUUAGGGGAGGGUUUGGCCUGCCAGGAUUUCCUUGUCCCAUCGCACUCUAGCGACUCCUUGUGGCGGGCCGGGCGCCUGCAAGCUGACUUCAGUCACCAGCUGGAAGGUGUUUCCUCCGACACAUUGGUGCGGCUGGCUUCCGGGUUAAGCGAGCAGUGUGUCAAGAAGCAGUGCGGCUUGGCAGGGUCGUGUUUCGGAGGACGCAUGGCUCUCGACCUUCGCCUCUCCCGAGUCCGUAGGGGAGUUGCAGUGAUGGGACAAAACUGUAACUACCAAUUGGAUAUCAUGAAAAAGGGGUAAAAAAAACAAAAUCAAACCAUUAAUUUCUUCCUUCCUGCUGUGUGUGUUCUUUCUCUUUAGGACCUGGUGUCUAAGAUGCUCCAUGUGGACCCCCACCAGCGGCUGACAGCCAUGCAGGUCCUCAAGCACCCCUGGAUCGUCCAGAGGGACAAGCUGCCCAACAGCCAGCUGCAGCACCAGGACGCCAAGCUGGUCAAGGUACUGGAUUGAUACUAUAAUGUACACUCUACUGUACCCACUGGGCAAUCCAGGGUUGGGGGUCAACUCCGUUUUUGUUCAGAGGGUGAAUUUGUAUUUCUAAUGGACACAGCUAGUGCCAUUACAGUCCCGAAAAGUAUGUUCCGUCAAUAGCGCAAUGUGACCUAACUUUUUAUUUUAAAGGUAUAUUUUGGGGAAUUGUAUGCUUUAUUGGAUAGAGGAGAGACAAUGGGAAAGAUGGAUAGAGAGUGUGCUGAAAUGGCAGUGGGCCGGAGUCGAACCCAUGCUGCAGCGGUAUAUGUGAGCCGUAGGCAGCGGUUCAGUCCGUUAGACCACCCUAGGCCAUAGUGUGACCUAAUUUUGUAGUGCCUGCAGCGCUUUAUUUGUAAAUCGGGAGGUGACGGCACAAAAAGUGGGCGCAAGAGGGGCGUGACCUGGGGAGCUCUGAGGUACCGGAACGCACGAGAAAAGGAAAAAAAAAUCACCUUUAUGAUACAGCAUUGCAUGCAGGCAGGUAGCUUAGUCGUUAAGAGCGUUGUGCCAGUAACCGAAAGGUCGCUGGUUCUAAUCCCCGAGCCAACUAGGUGAAAAAUCUGUCGAUGUGCCCUUGAGCAAGGCACUUAACCCUAAUUGCUAGUGUAAGUCUGCUAAAUGACUAACAUUUACAUAGUGACAUUGAGUAGAACAGAGGCACUUACAGAAUUUGCGCACAAUAUAUUGUAGCCUUUUAUUUUUUUUAAAUCAUGUAAUUCUACGUAAUUUUACAUAACUGGAGACUUUAGUCAAAUAUUUGUUAAUACCACACAAAUUAUCGAAAUGACAGGCUACUCUAGCACUGACAGAGAAAUACAAAACAGCCUUGUCUUGAAUGCAACAAAUAGCCUAGGCUUACGAUAAGAGUGGAGACAAAAGAUGGUACAGGAGGAAAUUAUAGUCCUGAACAAGUUUAGUGUCACUGACUCACCCAAUGAUGCGCAGCGCACUCACCAGUGUUGCUGUUCGCUCAAUAGGCCUACUUGGGAAUUGAUCAAAUAUUUUGGAGGCCUAUAGACAUACAAGUCUUCUUUUAAGCAGGAGCCAUUUGCUUUCCAACCUGUGCUUUUCCCACGAUUGUAUUCAAAAUAUUGCGAAAGGCCUGUUUUGGCAGCUGUUCAGACAGCCACAACUCAACAAUCAGGUGAUUGAUAGCCUACAGUCGCCUUGGUCUCUAGACUUCAAUGUUGCACAAACCUAAUCCCUGGCCUGGCCCAACCGGAAUCAUUUCUCAGAAUUUCAGGCGGGGGCUGAAAAUCUAUGUUUUCACAUGACGUUUGGGCAGGAUAAUUAACGAGGAGGCAUCUUAAUAAACUCUUAAUAAAAUCGCUUUUAUUCAAAUUGCCUUCUCUUUCAAGUUAAAACUGCAAUAUGUUACUUUUUGGGUGACCUGACCAAAUGCACAUAGAAAUGUCAGUUAUAGAUCUGUCAUUCUCAUUUAAAGCAAGUCUAAUAAGUGGUAUAUCUGUUCUAUGUGGGCUAUUUCUAUGCUUCCCGUUCUUAAGUUUCGUUUUUGCAUCUUUUACUUUUGGUUUUGAACACCAGCUUCAAACAGCUGAAAAUACAAUAUACAGCUCUGGAAAAAAUUAAGAGACCACUGCAAAUGUUUCUUAAAUCAGCAUCUCUACAUGUAUGACAGCCAUUCCAUUCCAGUGUCUGUUGAAUUCCAACACAGGCACACCUCAUUCUACUGAAUUAGGUACUGAUUAGGUGAUCACAUGAACCAAAUCUUAUUUAACAAGGAAAAGUAUAAAAUCCACUGCUGUGGUCAUCACUAUCCUCUUGCAAUAGGACCAGCUGGAUGGCAAAAACAGUGCUAAUAGUACCUCAAAAGUAAUAUUAAUUUAAAAAAUAACUAUUGACCAUGCCAAAAGAGUUGAAAAGGAAAGUUUUGGGUGAGGAAAAGAAUGGUUCAAUUCUGGCUUUACUGGCAGAGGGAUACAGUGAGCGUCAGGUUGCUUCCAUCCUGAGGUACCGGAACAGAACAGCGCCGGAGAAGAUGGCUGCCGUUUUACAGCCCUCUAACCAAUUGUACUAUUAUGUGUGUUUUUCCGCGUUAUUUGUAAUUUAUUUUGUACAUAAUGUUUCUGCCAUCGUCUCUUAUAACCAAAAAGAGCUUCUGGAUAUCAGGACAGCGAUUACUCACCUCGCAUUGGACGAAGAUUUUUUCUUCAACGAGGCGGUCGCGAAGGAUAUCCUACAGACACCCGACAAGGCCCAGAUCCCCGUCAUUUGCGUGAGGAAGAGACGGAGAUAUCGCGGACGCAGAUCCGGGUGCCUUGUAAGGAUCCGACGGCGAGCGAGUAAACUGCCUCUCCCAUCAAUCCUAUUAGCCAACGUUCAAUCUUUUGAGAAUAAAAUGGACGAUUUAAGAUUACGGUUAUCCUACCAACGGGACAUUAAAAACUGUAAUAUCUUAUGUUUCACGGAGUCGUGGCUGAACGACAACAAUGAUAACAUUCAGCUAGCAGGCUAUACGCUACAUCGGCAGGACAGAACGUCUGACUCUGGUAAGACAAGGGGUGGCGGUCUCUGUAUAUUUGUAAACAACAGCUGGUGCACAAAAUCAAAUACUAAGGAAGUCUCGAGGUUUUGCUCGCCUGAGGUAGAGUAUCUUAUGAUAAGCUGUAGACCACACUAUUUACCAAGAGAGUUUUCAUCUAUAUUUUUCAUAGCUGUCUAUUUACCACCACAAACCAAUGCUGGCAUUAAGAUUGCACUGAAUGAGUUGUACAAGGCCAUUAAUCAACAGGAAAACGCUCAUCCAGAUGCAGCGCUCCUAGUGGCCGGGGACUUUAAUGCAGGGAAACUUAAAUCCGUUCUACCUAAUUUCUACCAGCAUGUUAAAUGUGCAACCAGAGGGAAAAAAACUCUAGACCACCUUUACUCCACACACAGAGACGCAUACAAAGCUCUCCCUCGCCCUCCAUUUGGCAAAUCUGACCAUAACUCUAUCCUCCUGAUUCCUGCUUAUAAGCAAAAACUGAAGCAGGAAGCACCAGUGAUUCGGUUAAUAAAAAAGUGGUCAGAUGACGCAGAUGCUAAGCUACAGGACUGUUUUGCUAGCACAGACUGGAACAUGUUCCGGGAUUCUUCAGACAGCAUUGAGGAGUACACCACAUCAGUCACUGGCUUCAUCAAUAAGUGCAUCGAUGAUGUCGUCCCCACAGUGACCGUACGUACAUACCCCAACCAGAAGCCAUGGAUUACAGGAAACAUCCGCACUGAGCUAAAGGGUAGAGCUGCCGCUUUCAAGGAACGGGACUCUAACCCGGACGCUUAUAAGAAAUCCCGCUAUGACCUCCGACGAACCAUCAAACAGGCAAAGAGUCAAUACAGGUCUAAGAUUGAACAAGCCUACCAGACGAGCUAAACCACUUCUAUGCUCACUUCGAGGCAAGCAACACUGAAGCAUGCAUGAGAGCACCAGCUGUUCCGGAUGACUAUGUGAUCACGCUCUCCGUAGCCGAUGUGAGUAAGACUUUUAAGCAGGUCAACAUUCACAAGGCCGCAGGGCCAGGCGGAUUACCAGGACGUGUACUCCGAGCAUGUGCUGACCAACUGGCAAGUGUCUUCACUGACAUUUUCAACAUGUCCCUGACUGAGUCUGUAAUACCAACAUGUUUCAAGCAGACCACCAUAGUCCCCGUGCCCAAGAACUCUAAGAUAACCUGCCUAAAUGACUACCGACCCGUAGCACUGACGUCUGUAGCCAUGAAGUGCUUUGAAAGACUGGUCAUGGCUCACAUCAACAGCAUAAUCCCAGAAACCCUAGACCCACUCCAAUUUGCAUACCGCCCCAACAGAUCCACAGAUGAUGCAAUCUCUAUCGCACUCCACACUGCCCUUUCCCACCUGGACAAGAGGAACACCUACGUGAGAAUGCUAUUCAUUGACUACAGCUCAGCAUUCAACACCAUAGUGCCCUCUAAGCUCAUCACUAAGCUAAGGAUCCUGGGACUAAACACCUCCCUCUGCAACUGGAUCCUGGACUUCCUGACGGGCCGCCCCCAGGUGGUAAGGGUAGGUAACAACACAUCUGCCACACUGAUCCUCAACACGGGGGCCCCUCAGGGGUGCGUGCUCAGUCCCCUCCUGUACUCUCUGUUCACCCAUGACUGCAUGGCCAGGCACGACUCCAACACCAUCAUUAAGUUUGCCGACGACACAACAGUGGUAGGCCUGAUCACUGACAACGAUGAGACAGCCUAUAGGGAGGAGGUCAGAGAUCUGGCCGUGUGGUGCCAGGACAACAACCUCUCCCUCAACGUGACCAAGACAAAGGAGAUGAUUGUGGACUACAGGAAAAAAAAGAGGACUGAGCACGCCCCCAUUCUCAUCGACGGGGCUGUAGUGGAACAGGUUGAGAGCUUCAAGUUCCUUGGUGUCCACAUCACCAACGAACUAUCAUGGUCCAAACACACCAAGACAGUCGUGAAGAGGGCACGACAAAGCCUAUUCCCCCUCAGGAGACUAAAAAGAUUUGGCAUGGGUCCUCAGAUCCUCAAAAAAUUCUACAGCUGCACCAUCGAGAGCAUCCUGACUGGUUGCAUCACCGCCUGGUAUGGCAACUGCUUGGCCUCUGACCGCAAGGCACUACAGAGGGUAGUGCGUACGGCCCAGUACAUCACUGGGGCAAAGCUCCCUGCCAUCCAGGACCUCUAUACCAGGCGGUGUCAGAGGAAGGCCCUCAAAAAUUGUCAAAGACUCCAGCCACCCUAGUCAUAGACUGUUCUCUCUGCUACCGCACGGCAAGCGGUACCGGAGUGCCAAGUCUAGGUCCAAAAGACUUCUCAACAGCUUCUACCCCCAAGCCAUAAGACUCCUGAACAGCUAAUCAUGGCUACCCGGACUAUUUGCACUGCCCCCCCACCCCAUCCUUUUUACGCUGCUGCUACUCUGUUAAGUAUUUAUGCAUAGUCACUUUAACUCUACCCACAUGUACAUAUUACCUCAACUACCUCAACUAGCCGGUGCCCCCGCACAUUGACUCUGCAACGGUACCCCCCUGUAUAUAUAGCCUCCCUACUGUCACUUUAUUUUACUGUAUAUAUAGCCUCCCUACUGUCACUUUAUUUUACUUCUGCUCUUUUUUUCUCAACACUUUUUUUGUUGUUGUUUUAUUCUUACUUUUUUUGUUUAAAAUAAAUGCACUGUUGGUUAAGGGCUGUAAGUAAGCAUUUCACUGUAAUGUCUGCACCUGUUGUAUUCGGCGCAUGUGACCAAUAACAUUUGAUUUGAUUUGAUUUGAUCCUAAAAAUUUCAAAGACGGCGGUUCAUAAGAACAAGGUCAAGCAGCAGACAUUGGGGACAUCAAAGCUACAGACCGGCGGAUGACAUCAAGUGACCUACAAAAAGAAUGGCAAACGGCAGCUGGGGUGAGGUGCAUGGCGAGGACGGUUCGAAACAGGCUCCUAGGGGCAGGGCUGAAGUCGUGCAAAGCUAGAAAAAAGCCCUUCAUCAAUGAGAAGCAAAUAUGAGCCAGGCUGAGGUUUGCAAAAGACCAUAAGGAUUGGACCGUAGAGGACUGGAGUAAGGUCAUCUUCUCUGAUGAGUCCAAUUUUCAGCUUUGCCCAACACCUGGUCGUCUAAUGGUUUGACGGAGACCUGGAGAGGCCUACAAGCCACAGUGUCUCGCACCCACUGUGAAAUUUGGUGGAGGAUCAGUGAUGAUCUGGGGGUGCUUCAGCAAGGCUGGAAUCGGGCAGAUUUGUCUUUGUGAAGGACGCAUGAAUCAAGCCACGUACAAGGUUGUCCUGGAAGAAAACUUGUUUCCUUUUGCUCUGACAUUGUUCCCCAACUCUGAGGAUUGGUUUUUCCAGCAGGACAAUGCGCCAUGCCACACAGCCAGGUCAAUCAAGGUGUGGAUGGAGGACCACCAAAUCAAUACCCUGUCAUGGCCAGCCCAAUCUCCAGACCUGAACCCCAUUGAAAACUUCUGGAAUGUGAUCAAGAGGAAGCUGGAUGGUCACAAGCCAUCAAACAAAGCCGAGCUGCUUGAAUUUUUGCGCCAGGAGUGGCAUAGUCACCCAACAUCAAUGUGAAAGACUGGUGGAGAGCAUGCCAAGACGCAUGAAAGCUGUGGUUGAAAAUCAGGGUUAUUCCACCAAAUAUUGAUUUCUGAACUCUUCCUAAGUUAAAACAUUAGUAUUGUGUUGUUUAAAAAUGAACAUGAACUUAUUUUCUUUGCAUUAUUCGAGGUCUGACAACACUGCAUCUUUUAUUUUUAUUUUGACCAGUUGUCAUUUUCUGCAAAUAAAUGCUCUAAAUGACAAUAUUUUUAUUUGGAAUUUGGGAGAAAUGUUGUCAGUAGUUUAUAGAAUAAAACAAAUGUUAAUUUCACCCAAACACAUACCUAUAAAUAGUAAAACCAGAGAAACUUGUAUUUUUGCAGUGGUCUCUUAUUUUUUCCAGAGCUGUAUUUCACAGUGGUUUUGAUGGUACAAUGAUUCUCUACACUAUACGUGCCAGAUUCUGUGUGCGCCUGCAACUGAAACUGUUUGUCCUCCAAACUGGUAUCUUGACGUUGCACUACUUCUCUUCCCACAGGGGGCGAUGGCGGCCACCUACUCAGCCUUGAAGAGCUCCCAGCCCACGCCGGAGCUCAAGCCCAUCGAGUCUUCCUUCCUGGCCCAGCGACGUGUCAAGAAGCUCCCCUCCACCUCUCUGUAGAACCAUGUAGAACCAUGUAGAACCCCAGACUCUAGCUACAACAACCCCAGUCAGUCAGUACAGCAGCAAGUCACGAGACUGAAGAGACAAGCAGACCACCUCAGUUUAACCAGCCAAGGACCACUGACUGUGCUCUGCUGUAGUCACCUCCCCCUGCCGGUGAUAUCAGUCAUCUCGGUUUCCUCCUCGAUAGGCGUGGUCACUGGCUGUCAAUCACACUGGACUAGUGACAGGACAUGGCUGGGGAUGAGUGGGCAGUGGGGUAGCGGCAGGUUAUGGCAAAUGUGUUAGCAGUAUAUUUUGGAUAACAGUUGUGAGCCUUGAGUUUGCGAGACAACCUGCU